GGGCCGAGUUACCAAAAAUGGCACCGACCUUCGAUCUAAAAUCCCCAAUUCUCAAAUCAAAUCCCUAAUUUCCGAAUCGUGCGUGAAGAAUUGAUUUUUUUUCCCUUUAGGUUUGCGGAGAAGAUGACGAUGAACUCACUGCCGAGGAAGUUUGGGAAGAAUCGAGGGUAUUUGGAUCGAGAUUACAGGAACGGGAGAGGAUCUGAUUCUGAAUCUGAUGAAGAGUUGAGAGGAUUGAGCUUUGAGGAGUACAGGAGGCAGAAGAGGCUGAAGAUGAGGAAGUCGAUGAGGUCUUGCUUUUGGGAGAACACCCCGAGCCCUCCUAGAGAUCCGAACGAGAAUUCCGAUGACAACUCCGUCGAGGCUCCGGACUGGGACGGCUUUGAUGGCGGGGAAAGACGGGUUUCGAAUCCGAAAGCGAAUGACGCUAAAGGGAAAUCGGAGUUUGAAUCGGAUUCGGGUAAGUCAGAAUCUGAUACAGAGGCCAGGAGCGAGUCGGAUGAUUCAAGGUCGAGGAGGAGGAAAAGUAAGACCUUAAGGAGCCGGAGCAGGCGUAAGAGAUCUUAUAGCGCUAGUGAUUCCGAAGACAGCGAGAGUUACACGGAUGAUGGUGAUGAUGAUGAUGAGGAAGAUAGGAGACGGAGAAGGAAGAGCACGAAGAAGAAAAAGAGCAAAAGUAGCCGUAGUAAGAGAAGGCGGGGGCUGAGGAAAAGGAGGAGAUACAGUGACUCUGAUGAGAGCAGUCGUGAAGAAAGCGCAACAGAGGAAUCUGAGAACUGUGCUUCAUCGUCUGAUGAAGAUCAUGGCAAGUCAAAGAGCAAGAUGCGAAAGAAAUCUUCUGUUUCCAGUUCCAAGCGUAGCAAGGGAAAGAAAAGGGGAUCAGAGAGCGAAAGUGAUGGUUCAGGCUCUGACUCAAAGGCAAAAGCAGAGGAAGCUGCGAAGCAGGCCGAAAUCAAUGAAGAGGUGUUAAAGUUCAAGGAGAUGAUCGAGUCACAGAAGAAACCAGCUCUGGACAACGAACCGGCAGUCGGGCCUAUGCCCUUGCCGAAAGCUGAAGGGCACAUCAGUUAUGGUGGUGCUCUAAGGCCAGGUGAAGGAGACGCCAUUGCACAAUAUGUGCAGCAAGGAAAGCGUAUCCCGCGAAGAGGAGAAGUGGGUCUUAGCGCUGACGAAAUCCAGAAGUUUGAGGAUCUUGGGUAUGUGAUGAGUGGAAGUAGGCAUCAAAGGAUGAAUGCCAUACGUAUAAGAAAGGAAAACCAGGUCUACAGUGCUGAAGACAAACGUGCAUUGGCGAUGUUCAACUACGAAGAAAAGGCUAAGCGUGAGGCCAAGGUCAUGUCUGACCUGCAGCGGCUUGUGCAGCGUCACAUCGGACAGGAUGUCGGACCAAGUCAUGACCCUUUUGGUGCAAAGACAGAUGGAACCGAUGCUUGAUAGCCUCGGACCUAUUUGUGUGUACUGUAGAAGAAGCUCAUGGAUAAGCUGUCCUGAACGAGUUCUAGGGCUGUUGGUUCAGUCUUGCCCCUGCGGACAUGGAAUCAGCCACUCCUCCAGGUGUUGUCUUCAUCGCGGGACUGUUCCUGAGCUCCGCCCCAACCACUGCUUCCGCAUCAUCAACCGUCACUGCUCUGUCCCUCAGAAGCUUAUCCAUGGCAUCCUGCCGUAUCCAAUGAAAACGAUAUACCACAUUACGCAAAACCCUUCAACCCAAAUCAAGAAUUCUACUCUUGAAACUGUUUUUGUUAUCGGCAUUACAGUGAGAACGUCGGAUA